CCUUGCACUCCCGCAGCGAACGGUUGUGUCUCGUGAUACCAGUUAGUGACAGUGUUGUGCUUUAAACAGUUGCUGAACAGUUAGCCGCUAGGUCGUCGACCGCGCGAGCAUGAAUGUUCGCUCGCCUGCCCUCGCACAACUUUGACCGAAACCCACCAGGUCGACAUCCGGGCCAUGCGGGGAUGGUGCGCGCGGUGGAGCGGUUCCGGGCGGGCUCGGCUGCGCUGGCUGGCAGCCCUCGUGUGCUGGGGCGGGCUCGUGGCCCUCGCCCUGCCCCGCCUGCAGCAGGCACCCCCGCGCACGCGCCCCGCGCCGCCCGCCCGCCUUCUGCUCCAGUCGGAAGCCGCGUCCACUCCCGCCCCGUUCCCCUCCACACAAACCCCGCCGAAACCAGCAACAGACACACGAGUACUCACAGAAGACGAACUUCGAGCUGACGCAGAAAGGCGACUCCCUUCGUUACCCCUCGCAUACUGGCACAAACACAAAAACGACAAGAACAAGUUCUACAAGAAGAAAGACUGCGCUCCAUUCCCAUCGAUAUACGACCUUGAGUUUCACAAUACGUAUUGGCAAACUUUGCGAGCAAAGAACGACGUUUUCCACUUCUACGGAGCAUAUCUUGACGCGAGAAACACAUCCCGUAUAGGACCAGCAGUAAGAGUACUAGCAGUUCACGAUCGCAUCAAGCCCACCAUCACUACUCAUUGCCAAUUAUGGUUCGAGGAACGCGACGCACCGGUUGUUGUACGAAAUCUUGAAUACAAAUACGUUUGGAACAGCAAAUGGGGCAAUUAUAGAGAUGGAGUACUUCAACCUUACCUGCUAGCUUGUGUGCUGCCAGCUGAAGUGCGCCAUUUAGUCCCAGCUUCAGUAUCAAUUGUUUCCGACCCUUGCGACAGAGCUACGAAUAAUUUAAGAGUACACUACGAUCGACCUAAGCCACCAGCAGUUCAAAAGGAAUUUGCUGUUUGCGUUAAAGGCCUUGACUUCCUACAUGAGGAUCUAUCAGUCCGCCUUGUUGAAUGGAUCGAAACUAUUCGCCUUCUAGGCGCAGACAAGAUCUUCUUCUACGAACUCCAAAUACACCCGAAUAUCACAAAGGUUUUAAACUACUACAACGCACUUGGAGUGACUGAAUUGACGCCUAUAACUUUACCUGGUGGACAACCGAACUUACCAGGCCUCCAACACAUGUAUUUAAAGAAGAAAACGACACAUAAACGACAGAUGGAAUUGAUACCUUACAACGAUUGCUUGUAUCGCCAUAUGUAUCAAUACAAGUGGUUAGCACUGCUGGAUAUAGACGAGGUUAUUGUCCCAUUAGAAGACAACGACUGGAGCUCUUUAAUGAAGCGUAUAUUACCUCUAUCUACUCCAGUAUCUGGAAAGCCACCGCGCUCAUCAUAUCACGCCUCGAACUUGUAUUACCUUGAUUCGUUACAACAUGAGCAUGCUUGGGAAGACGGCAUACCACGCUACCUUCACAUGUUGCAGCAUGUUUAUCGAACACGGAACUUCACGAAGCCAGGCCAGUACGUUAAGGCUUUCCACGAGACGGAGCGUGUUCUGGCUCUCCACAACCAUUUCCCGCUGGCGUGUUUGGGUGGUGCGUGUUCUUCGUACGCCAUCGAGACAAAGCAUGCGCGUUUACAACAUUAUCGUGCUGACUGCGUGACAGCACUGAGCAAAACUUGCGCUGAGCUUCGUCAGCAGCCAGUCCGCGAUACAGCGCUGUGGCGCUGGCGAGCUCCUUUAAUACAAGCAGCUGAUGCAGCGCUGACAGCGCUCGGUUUCCUACCUCCUCACCGGUGACCAAAAUCGCGCGCGUCCUCUGCAUAUACGCUUAGUUCUUUUAACCUAUUAAAUGCUAGUAUUAAACGUAUUUUUAUAGUU